AUGGCGGCUAUGGUGAAUGGUCAGAACACUUUGCAAACCUUGCUGAUACAAAAUCAACAAGGCCAACUCAACCAAGCACUUCAACCUCCAUGGCAGCAAGCUCAUGCUUAUGUUCCACAGCCACAGGCUCAGUUUCCUAUUGGGGGACAGCUGUUUCAAGCUCAACCCCAAUUUGGAAUGGCCAAUAAUUAUGUGCAACAGCCGAUAAAUAACAACAACGGUUUAGGAGGAAAAAAUCCACCUAGGAAUGGGUUGACAGUCGAAGAAAUAAGGAGAAUCUGUGAAGAAACUGUAGGGCCGGCUCCUAGAAGAACGGCCAGGUCGAGAUACACCAAACCAUAUCCGGAAAGGGUUGAAAACAGAGAAUAUCCGAGGGGAUUCAAAUUUCCCGACUUUGCUUUAUUCAGUGGAGAUGAUUACCAAUCAACUAUAGCACAUAUUUCCCGGUUCACAGCACGAUGUGCUGAGCAUUCUAGAGAUGACGACUUGAAGUUGAAGUGGUUUGAGAACUCACUGACCGGCCCUGCUCAUGCUUGGUAUGUCAACUUGGCUCCUAAUUCUAUUCAAAACUGGGCCGACAUGGAAAGAGCUUUCCAUGAGCAAUUCUACAGAGUCGAACCAGAAGUCACAAUCGCUGAUUUAGCAAAAAUGUAUCAAGAAGCACAUGAGUCGGCCCAAGAUUUCUUAGAUAGAUUUAAGGCAGCAAGAAAUAAGUGCAUAGUCAAUCUGGGAGAGCUAGAGUUUGUUCGAAUAGCUCAGCAGGGUUUGAAUUAUGAAUUGCGCAAGAAAUAUGAGGGAGUUGAUAUUAGAGACAUCUUUGAAUUAACCACUAGCGUGGCUAGAUAUGAGGCAAUCAUUAGAGAAGAGACUCAAGCCAGAUCAGCCUCAAAGGGAACUUAUUAUAAGAACCCUACUGUUCAUGUUGUGGAGGCCAAUUUCCAGGGUUUGAAGGUCGAGGAAGAAGAUUCGGCCGAUAUCAAUGCUGCCGAAAUAUUUGUAAACAAGCCAGUGGUUUGUAAAGCCCUUGCAAAGCCAACAAACCCAAUCAAGGAUAAACCUCAGCCGAUAACCUACCAUACCAAAGAUGGGACACCUUUAAUAUUGACACCUACCCGUACUUACACUUUUGAUAUCACAAAGGCUGACAUAAUUUUUGAUCAGCUUCUUGCUGAGAAAGUAAUUAAAUUGCCAAACGGACAUGUUAUACCUAAGGCCGAUGAAACUAGAAAUAAGUCUUAUUGUAAAUUUCACAAUUCAUGGAAGCAUUCUACUAACAAUUUUGUGGUUUACCGUGAUGCUUUGCAGGACCUCAUCGAAAAAGGAAAGCUAAAGUUUCCAGAGACGAGCAAACCAGCUCAGCUUGUUGAUACCGACCCUUUUCCAGUCAACAUGGUGUACGUCAACUUCCCAAGAGGUCACAGGAGGAAUUGGCCAAAUAUGAACUUGUCUGAUCCUAGGGCCCGAAGGAGGUAUAUGUUUCAUGACCAGAGGAGGGAGCCAGUUUAUGACAGUCAGGAUGAGGAUGCAUAA